CUUUCGCAUAAUGAUUGUCCAACAUAAACAGAUAUGGGAAUACUCCCUGUCAACUCAGGCAUCAUUUGCAUGAGUUUGUUCUAUCAUUUACAUCCUUUAAAGUUCCAAUGAAUUCCACAAAAUCGUUCCCCAUCCAAUCCAAUUGCUAGCUUCAUGUCAUCAUCAGCAGACAACGACGGCGUCAAGCCACCACCAGCUCCAUUCUACCUUGGCGAAAAUUCUAAACGCACAAAGGGCAAGCAUAACCAAUCCACUCCUUCCGUUUCAAACAACUCUCGUCCAUCCACCGCAGGAACUGCUGCAAGUUCCAUCGUAAACCCUUUCUCUCCACCCGCCAGUAUCGUCAGCUUUAGCAUCGAUCCCGUUAUGCCCAUUGUCCCAACAGCUCAACAAGACGGUCUAGAACCUCUACCUCGUCAUAUUGCACUUCCUCGCAAUACAUCAUACUAUGGCAGUCGCCCCAACACUGGAGAUAGCCCCACUCGCGUGGCCUCCGGUAUUCGUCUUCGUGAAACAUUCGCAGCACCCCCAGCUCGUCCCUUGACAGCAGUCUCCACCGCUGUCAGCUUCACUCCAAGCAAGACAACCCGCAUGCGUUCUACCAUGCUCGAAGAUCCAAACACCUUGGACAAACCUUGGGUCACAACAAAGGACCCAUAUGCAAGGAUUGCCUAUAUCUUGACUUACUCCGUGGCUUUCCUUGGCAUAGCAGCCUCCGCUUUGCGCAUUUACUUUGGUUACAAGAGCGUACCCUUGAUCACUGGUAACUUGUGCAUGGUCUUGAAUGAAGAUUUUAAUUCCGACACCGAUACAACUUUCGGACCUAACGGAAAUUGGGUCCGUGAAGUCCAAUUAGGCGGAUUCGGGAACGGCGAGUUUGAGAUGGCAACGUCGUCAUCAAACAAUUCAUACACCUCCAACGGAUACCUUUACAUAACCCCUACCCUGACAUCAAACGUUAUCGGCUCGGAUGCUGUGUUCAACGGUUAUACAUACAACCUUACCGAUUGCACGUACAACUCCACGACCCCAGGUGCAAAUCCGGGCUCAUCAAACAUCACGGGCUUCGACGCCACCGCCUACUACCAAGCUUGCGGUGCAGUAAGCAACAGUACCACCGGCACCAUAAUCAACCCUAUACAAAGUGCGAGGAUCACCACACGCAACAAAGCUAGCAUCCGUUAUGGCCGCGUUGAGGUACGGGCCAAGCUCCCACGCGGUGAUUGGCUCUGGCCCGCAAUUUGGAUGCUUCCUCUGAAUGACACCUACGGACCAUGGCCAUUGAGCGGUGAAAUCGACAUCAUGGAAUCACGCGGAAAUGCUCGCAGCUAUCCUGAUCAGGGUAUCGACUAUGUCCGCGGAUCACUCAACUGGGGACCCCUGUCGUUCUUGAAUGCCGUGUACAAGACUUUCGGCUGGUGGACACAGAGACGCACCGACUAUGGGGAGGAUUUCCACACCUAUACACUGGAGUGGACAGAUAGUUUCCUUCGCAUUUACGUUGACACUCGUUUACACUAUAUGCUUGAGCUUUCCUUCAACGAGCCCUUCUUUACACGUGGAGACUUUCCCUCUGUGGUCCAAAAUGGGACAGAGCCCAUUGUCCUGCAGAACCCUUGGAUCAACGGCACCAAUGCGACACCUUUCGACCAACCAUUCUAUCUCAUUCUUAACCUCGCCGUUGGCGGGACUAACGGAUGGUUCCCCGAUAAUGCAGGCAACAAGCCAUGGCUGGAUAACUCGAAAACAGCCAUGCUGGAAUUUGCGCAAGCACAGGACACAUGGUACCCCACCUGGGGCUCAGAUGGAGAGAGUAGUUCAUUGAUUGUGGAUUCCGUGAAAAUGUGGGAGAUGUGUUAGUUGAGCCACUAAUAGCCUUGAGGAUUUGAGAUCUGUACCGACCCCUUCAUAUUAUUUACAUGUAGACUUCAUACCUGUGGACAUUGACAUGUACCUUGCAUAUUACUGCAGUUUGUUCUUCUUGUCUAAAUACCCAUCAAUUAUACGUUAGUAUUUCUCCCAUAGUCAAACGUCGCAGACAAUUCACAACUCAUCAAGGGUUUGGGACGAGUGAUAUUUCAGCAGAGAAUUGCAACCACUUGCAUCACGGGUCGAGAACAAGAAGCCGACUGACGGUGGACGAUUCGAUUUGCCGCGACUCAUUUUCGAAGUCCGAUAAUAUGGGUUGCGCCCAUGUUGAGGACAUCAUGACAUGUAGGGAAUGGC